UCAUGAGUGCCUGUACAGACGGACCUGCUUUUGGAAAGACAAAGGAGACGGCCAGGAUAGUAAUUAUCGGAGCUGGGGCCUCAGGAAUCGCGGCAGCCACUAGGCUUUUGGAACAAGGAUUCAAGAACGUCCAACUUUUCGAGGCGGAGGAUCGCAUCGGGGGUCGCAUCAACACGGUUCCCUUUGCCGAUAGCUUCGUCGAUCUGGGAGCUCAAUGGUGUCAUGGGGAGGAGGGCAAUGUGGUCUACGAGAAGGUCAAGGACCUGGAUGUCCUCGAUAGGACCGGGGACUUUGCAGGUUACUUUGUGCGCUCCAACAAGGAAAUCCUCUCCGACGAUCAGGCCAAGGCUCUUAUGGAAUUUAAAGACAAUUUUGAGAUGAAGCCCGAUUGGGAGGGAUCCGUGGGUGAUGCCAUCACCGAGAGCUACUGGAAGGAGGUUGGCCAGCAGCUGGUUCCCAACGACAGGAGCGUCGCCAAGGAGGCUCUGGACUCCUUGAAGCGGCACAUUUGCAGUGAGGAUGCCUGCGAUCAUGUCUUCGAACUUUCACCUCGAAGCUAUCUAAACUUUGCUACGUCGGGUGGCGAUCAGAAUCUCAGCUGGCGGCGAAAGGGCUACUGGAAGUUUUUGAGCCUCCUGCUGAAUGCCAACGAGGAUCAGCCGGGUGACCAGGGAGAUCUCAAGGGACACGUGCAGCUCAACAAACGGAUAGCUGAGAUCAAUUGGUCGGGAGACGGUGAACUGACCCUUCGCUGUUGGAACGGACAAAUAGUCUCGGCGGAUCAUGUCAUUUGUACCGUCUCCCUGGGAGUUCUUAAGAAGAAGCACCAGAAGCUCUUUGUCCCAGCUCUUCCGGCUGCCAAAGUCAGGUCCAUCGAGGGCCUCGGACUGGGCACUGUGAACAAGUUCCUCCUCGAGUUCGAGGAGCAGCCAAUGCCGGAGAACAUGAGAGGCGUCGCCUUCCUUUGGCUGGAGGAGGAUCUCAAGGAGCUGCGAGGUGGCAAGUUCUUUUGGCUGGAGAGCAUCAGCACCGUUCAUCGAGUGGAUCGUCAGCCACGACUGCUGGAGGGUUGGAUAAUCGGAGCCCAUGCUCGGUAUAUGGAGACCCUCAGCGAGGAGAGGGUCCUCGAGGGUCUGCAGUGGCUCUUUAGGAAGUUCCUGAAGUUCAGCGUGCCCCAUCCGAAAAGCUUCUUGCGCUCCCAGUGGCACUCCAAUCCGAACUUCCGUGGCAGCUACAGUUUCUACCCCACCUAUGCCGAUGAACUUCGCACGGGACGCACCGAUCUGGGGUCACCAUUGGUUCAUGUCUCGGGACGUCCAAGGGUCCAGUUCGCCGGAGAGGCCUCCAGUCGUAACCACUUCUCCACGGUCCAUGGAGCCACUGAGUCGGGAUGGCGCGAAGCAGAUCGCCUCAAUGAAUUCUACAAAGGACGAGCUGAGAACUAAGGAUCAAGUUUCCCCAAAAAAUUGUCAGAAACAAACUCUAUUUUGAAAUCAAUUCUUAGUUCUUCAUUCUUAAUUCAUUCUAUAAAGAUUAUUUUAAAAUGUAGCUAAUCGG